UCUUCAUGCUGGUUUUAGCGCUGAGUUUACCUGUGGACGCAGGAAAAUGUCCCAGGGUUUGCAGCUGUGACAGCGCCAAACUCACAGUCGCCUGUGUUGGCAAGAACCUGACCGAAGUUCCCCCGACUAUAGAUGAGAUUACAGUGAAACUCGACCUGAAGAAUAACAACCUGCAGGUGCUGCCUAGGGGGGCGUUCAUUGCUACGCCCUACCUCACCCACCUCAACCUGCAGCGCUGCAACAUCAUCAAGGUGAAGGAGGGUGCUUUCCGGACCCUGGGCCGUGUGGUCUCCCUAAACCUGGCCUACAAUAAAAUUGACGUCCUUUACCAGGAGUCCUUUGACGGCCUCUCCUCCCUGAAGGAGCUGCAUCUGGACCAUAACCGUGUGGAAGAGAUCCAGCCUGGAGUCUUCACACAGCUGGGCUUCCUCAACCUGCUGGCCCUCACCCACAACCAGCUGGUUUACAUCCCCAACAUGGCCUUCCAGGGCCUGAACAACAUCAAGUGGCUUCGUCUCAGUCAUAACUCCCUGAACAACUUGGCCCCUGAGGCGUUCGCUGGUCUGUUCACCCUCAGCCGCCUCAGCUUGGACCACAAUGAGCUGCAGUUCUUCCCCACUCAGACCAUGUCCAGACUCCGUGAGGUCACACGUCUGGACAUGAGCCACAACCCCAUGACCUACCUCGGAGAAGAAUCCGUCUCUAUGGCCAAGCUUACACACCUCUACCUGGACCAUAUGUCCCUUCAGGACCUGUCAGACCAGGCGCUGUCUGGCGCCCCCUUCCUCUCCCACUUGGACCUGAGCCAGAAUCAGCUUCGUUACCUGGAGCCCCUUUCAGGCCCCAAGGAGCUGACCAGGCUCAACCUGACCGGCAACCCGAUCUACUGUAACUGCUACAUGCGGCCCCUGAAGGAAUGGGCGAGUGUUGGCAGCGUGAAGCUGCUGGGAGCGUGUGCUGGACCUCCUCACCUCUCAGAUGAGCCGCUGCAGGCGGUGACUCCUCUGGAUCUGCGCUGCCGCAGCAGGGGGGAGGUGCUGAAGGACGAGUUUGAGGAGGACAGUGAGAGCACAGGAAGCUCCCCACCCACUGCCAAGCCCAAGCAGAAAGUCAAGUGUCCAGUUAACUGUGACUGUGAUAUUGAAGCCCAGCACGCCACAUGUGAGGGUCAGGGUCACACCAAAGUCCCACGAGGUUUCCCCACCAAGACACAGCUGCUCGACCUCCGCAGCAAUCACUUCCAUUACCUUCCUGCCAACAGCUUCCCGGGCACCAGCCAAGUCAUUUCCCUUCACCUGGAGACCUGCAAAAUCCAUGAAAUCGAAGGCGGUGCCUUUCGGGGGAUGAAAAACCUGUUUUAUCUGUAUCUCUCUGACAAUGACCUCACAUCCUUGGAUCCUGGAGCCUUUGUUGGAGCCCCUGAACUCACCUACCUUCACCUAGAGGGGAACCGGCUGGUGCAGUUCCCUGGAUCAGCUCUGGCAGUCUUACCAAGUCUGUUUGUGUUACACCUGGAGCGAAACGCCAUCUCCAAACUAGAGCCUGCUGGUUUACUAUCCUCAGUAACCCCUACACUGAGGGAACUUUACUUGACCAAUAACACUAUUACUGCUAUUACCAAAGGUGCUCUGGACUCCGCUUUCCUCAGUAUACUUCACCUGGAUUCAAAUCAGCUCAAAGAGGUGCCCACCCACGCUCUGUCCGAGGCCCCUAGUCUGGAGGAGCUCAACCUGUCUCACAACUCAAUCCGUUGGGUGGGACCGAAUGCGUUCCAGCCCGUAUCCCAAAGUCUGAAGAGGCUUUACAUGGAUCAGAUGGGCACAGAGAAGGUACAGGAGGCCAUAACAGCACUUCUCAACUGUCGUUUGCAUCAUGUUUAUGUUAUCUCCUCCCACCAUCUCUCCAUUUCCGCCGAAUCUAGGCUAACAGCUCUUUUAAUUGUUCUGCUCUCCAGAUGUCCAAGGGACGCUCUGGCGGGGCUGGGCCCGGGGCUGAAGGCUCUGACUGUGAGAGGAAACCAGCUGGAGGAGCUUCCUGAGCUGAGCCCACUCGCUGGCCUGGAGGUGGUCAACCUGCAAGAUAACCCCCUGCGGUGUGACUGUGCUCUGCUGCCCCUACGCAGGUGGAUGGAGAAUGUGAGUUUAGAGGUGAUCGCAACCUGUGGUCACCCUCCUGAGCUCCAGGGUCAGAAGGUCAGGGACAUCCAGGUUUUCACAUCAUGCCCAGAAAACAGCUCUCCUCCAGAUCAGGAGGUAGUGUCGAACCAAAGACCUCCAAAAGUGAAGAAACCCAAGCCUAGCCUCUCCAAAGGUCGCAGCUGUCAAAGCAAAGCCCAAAGCUAAAGUGUCGAAACCAACCAAGAAGCAGCCCCAGAGGAAACAUGUGGCACCAAAAGUGGCAAAGAAAAAGAAGACAUUGUAAUGAAUGAAUACAACUAAUUGAAUUUAGUCUGUGUCUCUCUUUUUUGCAGUUAGCCCAGUCAUCAUGUUAAUGUGUUUGUUACUGCAGUCUGACAGUGUGAAUAUGCUUUUUUGUGUAAUUAAAGCU